AUGGCUUGGAUUCAGUGGAGUCAUCCAUAUAUGCCAUGGGAUAAAUCAGAACUUUGGGUUGGCUAUAUUUCUGAAAAAGGAGAGAUCUACAAGCAGGUGUGUGUUGCGAGUAAUGAUCCUACACUUGUGGAGUCCCCAACUGAGCCCAAGUGGUUUUCUGAUGCAACAACCACUAAUCAAGAUGAAUCAAAUGUUCAAAUUAUUCCUUCUGCUGAAAGCAAAGAUCUGGUGGUGUGCUUGAAGGAUGAUAAUGAGCGGAUAUCUCUUUUGUCAGCAAGAUAUUUGUCUAAGAGUCACACUCCAACAGCGGGAUCCAUCUUAGCACAGAAAAUGGCAUCUACUACUGCUUUAGAUUCAAUACAAGAGAGCUUGCUUGGUUCAGCCAUUGCAACACAAUCUGCACCAGCUUCAAGGAUGAAGAGUACUCUUUGUUUGGUUUCAACAUUAACUUUUCUCGGUGCUAUCAAUCUGCUUCAACCAUUGAGUAAAAAUAUUAACCAUAUGGACUCAAACCCACGACAACAAUUUGUGAUUCAUGUUGGGCGAAAGCUUUUUCAGGUUGGCGAUGAGCAGUUGCUAAAUACUGAUGUUUCUGGAAGCAGUAGCAUUGGAACCUUCCUUGGUUGGGCAAUGACAUUUGUAUAUUUCGGUGGAAGGCUGCCUCAAAUUUGUCUAAAUGUAAGUUAUAUAAUUGUUCACUCCAUGGUUGAAUUCAUUUAG